GAAUGAAACGGAGAGGGAAGUAUUUGCUUGCAUGCUGCGUUCUGCUCCUCUCGCUGCUCUCACUGGGAGAGUGGAAGGGAAAUCAGACUAGAGACUCAGCACUCUGUGCCACACCGGGAGUGCCUUUAGGAGAGUGAGGGAGAGAGAGAGAGGUGGGGGUUGUUUGCAGAAAGAGGAGGUCAGUAAAGCAGUGGUUGAUGGAGGAGGCAGAGAGCAGUUUUCAACCCUUUUGAAUAUUUCAUAAGGGAGAUCCUCUAACGUCAGGCUACCUGGAUGGACUGAGAGAAAGAGUUGGUGCGAAGGUGUGCAGUUAACUGGCACCAGGACCAGGGGGGAAAUGGGAGAGCGGCGUAGUUGAGAAGAGGAUUUUUUUUCCCUGUGUGACCCUGUCGUAGAGCCUCACAUAAAGAAAAGAUCUGCAAGAAGGCACUGGGGAUGAACCAAAAACAAAGGGAAAGAAAGGGGGCUCAACUACUGGCUGGCCAUUCCUGAAACCUGUGAAAAACAGGAUAAGGAAGGAGGAUCCCAUUUCUGGGUGAAAGUCUGUGUGAACGGCUGCUUCAGUCUGUCUUGCAAUCUUUCAACAGAUGAAAACUUAUCUGAUUCUUCACUGAAAACGAGGAAUCAACUUUACAUGAAAGACAGGUUGGUCAGAAUUUGACAGAGGAAUUACAGUCUCCCAAACGGGAGCCAACUCCAUCCUGCAGGUAUGUCGUCCAACGAGCUGAGCGUGGAAAUGGACUCAUGCAUUCGGACAUUCAAGGAGCACAUGCACCUGGAGCUGGAGCCCCCAAAGAUGCCGGGCGUGGUGGGAGGCAAGAGAGGAGCAACGUCUCCCAAACUGUCCCCGAGAAGCUCCCCGCGGCUCUUCCGUAAGCUGAUGGUAAACAAGAGCAUCCGACAGAGGCGGCGCUUCACCGUGGCUCACACCUGUUUUGAUGUGGAGAAUGGCCCAUCAGCUAGUUGCAGCCCAUUGGACCCCCAGGCGUCUCCCGGCUCGGGUCUGGUGCUCCACACCAACUUCCCGGGACAUAACCAGCGCCGGGAGUCCUUCCUGUAUCGCUCUGACAGCGACUAUGAGCUUUCCCCCAAGUCCAUGUCACGAAACUCCUCCAUCGCCUCUGAAUUACAUGGCGAUGACCUGAUUGUAACUCCAUUUGCUCAGGUUUUGGCAAGCCUUCGAAGUGUGAGGAAUAACUUCACUGUUCUGACAAAUGUCCAGUGUGCCUCCAGCAAGAGGUCUCCAGCAGCAACCACUCAGCCUCCAAUCACCAGAGUUUGUCUGCCUGAUGAGGCGUACCAGAAGCUGGCCAUGGAGACAAUGGAGGAGUUGGACUGGUGUCUUGACCAGCUGGAGACCAUCCAGACGUACCGGUCUGUCAGCGACAUGGCCUCCAAUAAGUUUAAGAGAAUGUUGAAUCGGGAGCUGACACACCUAUCCGAGAUGAGUCGGUCUGGGAAUCAGGUUUCCGAAUUCAUCUCCAACACCUUCCUAGAUAAACAGAAUGAGGUGGAGAUCCCUUCGCCAACAUCCAAAACGCGAGAGAAGAAGAAACAACAGAAACAGCAGCUGAUGACGCAGAUCAGCGGGGUUAAGAAGGUUUCCCACGGAUCGUCACUCUCCAACAGCAGCAUAUCGCGUUUUGGCGUCAAGACCGAUAAAGAGGAGCAGCUGUCCAAGGAGCUGGAGGACCUGAACAAAUGGGGUCUAAACAUCUUCACAGUUUCAGAAUACUCCAACAACCGACCUCUGACCUGCAUCAUGUACGCCAUAUUCCAGGAGCGAGAUCUGCUAAAGACGUUCAAGAUUCCAGCUGAUACGUUUGUGGCCUACAUGAUGACAUUAGAGGAUCAUUAUCAUGCAGAUGUGGCUUACCAUAACAGUUUGCACGCUGCUGACGUAGCCCAGUCAACGCACAUCCUUCUCUCUACACCCGCCUUGGAUGCGGUCUUCACAGAUCUUGAGAUCCUAGCGGCCAUCUUUGCUGCAGCAAUUCAUGAUGUCGAUCAUCCUGGAGUAUCAAACCAAUUCUUAAUCAAUACCAAUUCUGAGCUGGCCCUGAUGUACAACGAUGAGUCUGUGCUGGAGAACCAUCAUUUGGCUGUGGGCUUCAAGCUGCUACAGGAAGACAAUUGUGACAUCUUCCAGAACCUCACAAAGAAGCAGAGACAGUCCCUCCGCAAAAUGGUCAUUGACAUGGUUUUGGCUACUGACAUGUCCAAACACAUGAGUCUGUUAGCUGAUCUGAAGACUAUGGUCGAAACCAAGAAAGUGACCAGCUCUGGAGUGCUGCUGCUAGACAAUUACACAGACAGAAUACAGGUGCUGCGAAACAUGGUACACUGUGCUGAUCUGAGCAACCCCACAAAGUCGUUGGAGCUCUACCGUCAGUGGACUGACCGGAUAAUGGAGGAGUUCUUCCACCAGGGAGACAGAGAGAGGGAGAGGGGGAUGGAGAUCAGCCCCAUGUGUGAUAAGCACACAGCCUCUGUGGAAAAGAGCCAGGUGGGUUUUAUUGACUACAUCGUGCACCCCCUGUGGGAGACCUGGGCCGAUUUGGUUCACCCUGACGCUCAGGACAUUCUGGACACCUUAGAGGACAACAGAAACUGGUACCAGAGCAUGAUUCCCCAAAGUCCCUCACCGCCCUUUUAUGAUCAGGGCACACAUGGACACAGUGGAGGCACAGGAGGACAAGGAGGAGGGGAGAAAUUUCAAUUUGACUUGACAUUGGAGGAGGAAGACAUGGACGGGAUGGAAAAAGACUGUGAUGGGGAGGAUGAGGAAGGAGAAGAGGAAGAAAUAGAAGUGGAGGAUAGUCUUGUAAAUUCGCGCUUGCCUCCUCCAGACUAUUUGGACAGUCAGGCGGAGGAAGAAGACGGCAUGGUUGAGCCAAUGACGGCAAUAGAGAUUGUGACACAUGAAGCCUCACCCACAGACACAUAGGGCUUCCAGCAACAGGCUCUCAUGGUGGUUUGAAAGUUUUUUGAAAAGAGGGGGAAUACCCUCUUGCAGCUGUGCUUUUUAAUAAGCCCACAGAAGCAAAGGCUUAGUUUAGGCCCGCACAGGGGCAACUUGCACUUGGGUGUUUGAAGCCAGACACAGAUGGACAGUUUCACAGAGGUGGCUUCAGAGUUCUCAGGAAUUAUUUGCUGCGAACAUUUUAGUCUCGAUGGACGAGAGAGGAACUUGAAGGACUUCAGCCAGUUUAGAAAUUGGCUAAUUUUCUUUUCUGGACUGGCAUUAUAUGGACAAUGACACUACUGAGAGAAGUUUUGUACCUUAAGAUGUUUUUUUUCUACAGAUAUAAGAUCUUGAAGUAGCAUAGAGUAAGAUCUACUGAUGGAGACACAUUUGUAUAGUAAGAGAAAGUGUUUACUUAUUUCUGUACCAUUUGUCAAAGGACUUUUUGUGUGCCUUUUUUACAACUGUCUUUAUAAUAGUUUUUUAUUUAUUGAACACACUAGUGUUUGUGAAAGGCUUUUAUUUCCUUUAUGACAAAAAAAGAGAAAAAAAUGUUUUUGUAUGGUAAAGAGCAAAGUCUUCCACAUACUGGGCAAUAGAGAAAUCCAAGCAAAUGUUGACAAACAGUUCUUAGUCUCAUCUACAGUUAAUGGGAAAAUGUACACCAGAAUCACUCAAUAUGAUUUCUAUCUGAGCACCGACAGUCUAGACAUACUAUGUUCAGAUAUGGUUCAUGUUACAAAUUUGAUAAGUUGCUUUUUGUAUCAGUCAAUGAAUGUCAAUAUUACACAUUAACACAUGUCUUUCCAUCCUACACCUUUUGUUUUUGGUGAGCUGCAAACCAUUGAGCUUUCCUUCUGUUUCUUUCUUCCCAUAGCUUCAAAUUUUUAGGUAUUCUUUCAAUUUCUAUAUAGUUUAAGAAAAUAUUUUGGUCUAGUUUGAUCUCUUAUUUUCAGAUUUUAAGAGCAGAUAUGCAAUCAAUGAUGAAACAAAUGUCUCUUGACAUCCAGCUGCUUGGAUCAAGGGUAAAAUAGAAAAAUAAGUCGGCCAAGGACAAAAUGCACAACAGUGGUGAGUCUAUUUUUAGCUUCCAGGUAUGCUCCAGUCCUAAUAAUCCUGUUAGUCGAAAGAGGUUCAGAACCCAGAUCUGUCUGAUGUAACGCUCCCCUGCAUUUCCUGCAAUCAGGACCAGACCAGAUGAUUAAAGCCGCAAUUACAGUAACCUGUCUAAAACACACUGAUGGACAGAAUUCACAUGGCUUACACACCCUCCAGGCUCUGGCACAAUGACCCUGAAAAGUCAGGACAAGUAUUCCUUCCUCGUGAUAAAAAUCUACUCAUUGACGUCAGCUGGCUUCCCGGCAGGGUAGUUGAAUUCCAUGCAACGCAGCAAAGCUUUGGAACUGUAAAGAAAUUAGAAAUCGCCCUGAAAGCUUAAAAAUGGUUUGCAGACCUUCCUACAUCUGAUCAUAAUGAGUGUCCUACCUGCAUUAAUAUCCUUACAUAACUUUGAUAUAGGUUUACUGAUACUCAAAGGUACUUAGUUUAAUUUCCCUUAAAGCAUGCUUAAGUGGCAAUUAUUUGUGUGUGGUAUGUAUGUUUUAUAUGGGAGUGUGUUGUCUGUGUGUGUUUGGAUCAGACCUUACCAUCCCCAAGUCACUCCACAAAUUUGCUGUUUGUCGCUAUGAGCUCAAGUUGGUCCUUUUUGCUGUUUAUAACAGUGUGUAUUUAUUCUCUACUUUACGCUUGUAAAUAAGAAAUACUGGUUUAGUGUAAAAUCUAUUUUAAUUUAUAUGCACUUGCAUUACCUGGAAGUGGUGGUGUCUAAUGUGUAGAAGACUCUGGAGUGGAGUCUUUUUUUAUAUAAAUGUAUAUUGUUUUUAUAUAAAUAUAUCUAUAUAUAAAUAUAUCUAAGAAUAUAUUCGCACAAAGUUUCGAGUGCCCAGCAGAGCAGCAGCUAAAGAGGCUUGUUGUUGUCAUAUAAAACCCUUGAAACUACAUUUUUUGUUACAUAAAAGCUACAUUUGUUUUACAUAAUUAAAAAAAAAGUAUUGUUAAUGAUGCACAAACAUAAACCAAAACUGUUCUUGAAUUUCAUAAAUAUAAUAAAUUCAACAGAGAACCCUAUAUUUUAUUUUGCUUUAAAUCAAAGCCUGAUUCUAGUUAAUUAUCUUGGGUUACAAGGCUUUUAUUUGACAUCAGCAAUUUGAUAACCAAAAGGCCAUAUGGAGGACAUUUUAAACUUUAUAGGCUUGGAGAUAGGAUACAUACAAGUUAGCUAAAUAAUACUGAAGCAUAGGUGUUGCUAAGUUCCAGAGUACACAUAGCUUAAUUUUCUCAGAGUUGACAGCUUAAGUAAACCAGGCAGAUGUUUGACUGACAAACACAAAGUCAUCAUUUCUUUCUCCACUCAACGCACUUCACCUAAAGUAGGGGACAUUAUCAGUAGCAUACUACAAUAUGCCCAGCACUGAUUGUUCUGAGUUGACAACAAAUCCUGAUCUUAUGUAACUGACUGUGCUAAUGUGUGAACUCUUCUGACCAAACGUGUUAGCAGUUUUGACAGACAAAUUUGUCAGUAUUAAUGUUAUCUAUGUUCAAGCUUUUUUGGUCCUAGUUGUGUCCAAAUGGUUAGCCAGAUUUAGCACUAUCUGCAUGAGAGAUGGGUUCUUUUAUUUUUUAUUGUUCAUCUGUUGAAGUCCACCACUUGUUGGUGGGUUGAUAAAUGUUUCACACAAUGUAUGGUAUGAUAUUGUAUAUUGUGUUUAAAAAUAAAUCUGAAAUACUUUUUUAUCAAGUGAUUAAAAGCAAAGCAUGAAUAUA